AUGCCAUACACUGCGCCGUCGCUUACCGCGCAGCUCGAGACGCAGUCCAGCUCUCACCAUCACCAACACCACGAUCAUAAUAAUAACAACAAUAACAACAACAACAACAGCCACAAAAAUACCUCUCCAGAUUACAAUCCCUCUGUCGGUCGUCAGCAACACCUGCCCCGCUCCUACUAUUCUACCGCCUAUGUACGGAAACACCGUAGGAGUCCCUCGGCCCCCAAACCUCCCCCGGCCAAGGAAGACCAGGCCAUCGCUCGUCGGGGUCGGGAUCUAGACCCCUAUGCCAGUCUUCGUCAAUCUCCCCCACCACGGAGCAAUGCCGCCAUCCCCCCGGGUACAGUGAUUUCCCCGCCGGAGUCUUGUAAUGGCUCCAGCGAUGAGGAGUCGCCCUCGAGUGCAGGUGCGGGCGUCGGUGCCGAAGACGACGACAGACGCAACGGGAUCAAGCUGGCUGAGUUACAGGCCGCUGUGCGUUCCAUUGAGCAGAGACAUGAGUCCUCGCCAGAACGAGCGCCCUCGGGCGAUGAUGCUUCGUCAUCCGGGUUCUUGCCUCCUACAUCGCCACCACCACCACCACCACCACUACAAGAAUUACAAUCACGACAUACGACAUUCUCUUCGCCUCAUACUCCUCCCCUCUCCAAAGAAGCUCGAAAAAUCUCUCAUUCCCGCUCCUCCACCGAGGGCUCGAUCAUGAAAUCGGCCGACGAGAUAGCCGUCAGCUCUCCGGAGGAGACGGAUCGCGAUGAUGAGCCCAAGCCAGCCAUGGUCCGCAAGAAAUCAGGAGAAUUGGUCCGACCCGCCCUGCGUCCGCCCUCGGCGCGUCGUCGCCCGUCUAGCAUGCCGGGCACCCCGACGUACGCCAAAGCCGUGCAUUUUGACUCGCAUCUUGAACACAUCCGCCAUUUCAUGCAGCUCGACAAGCCCCUCGCCGUUAGCGCCGAAACCUCCCCCGUCGAGGACUACGCCCCGGAGUGUGAGUUUCCCUUUGAAAAGGACGAGCCUCAGUUCGAGUGGGACCUGCGCCUUGCCAACUGGCCCCACGAUCUCGCCGCGCGGGCCCAUCAGCCCGUUCGACUCGAGCGCCUGUUCCUCUCGUCAGACAAGAACACCCUUGUCGGCGUCAUCGCCGUCGCCAACCUCUCCUUCCACAAGCACGUCGUCUCCCGCUUCACCUUUGACUUCUGGAAGACCGUUUCCGAGGUCACGGCCGAGUUCAGCCAUGACGUACGCCGCAAACAGGCCCAUGAUGGCUAUGACCGUUUCUCCUUCAACAUCAAGCUGGCCGACCAGACCAACCUGGAAGAGAAGACCCUCUUCCUCUGCAUCCGCUAUCAGGUCGAUGGUCAGGAGUUCUGGGACAACAACAACUCGAUGAACUACCAGGUCGACUUUUGCCGCGUCCCCAAGGUCAAACCCAACAUGGCGGUCGCUCCCUUGCCUACCUCUUCCUCUUCAUUAGGUUUAAGGAAAAAUCACCACGGCAACCGGCCCCUGCCACGCAGCAAGACCUCAUUGGGAAUCGUCACCCUCCCGCGUGAGUCCAAGAAGAAGGCUGAGCCGUCGUUUGAUGGGUUUUCCCCGCUCGAUUCACUGGAUGACUGUCUCACUUUUGGCCGGCCCUCGAAUCGAACCUCCAAAAGACCACCAAUUCCCCUGGCGCAACGACAUGUAGUCCCUGUGGACUACCAGAACAACAAUGAUGAUCAUGACGAUGUUGACGCGGAUGAUGAUGAUGAUCACCAUGUUCCGAAACCCCGUGAGAAUCCGAGUCGUCCGGCCUUUGGGAAUCGAUACGAUUUUGGCGCCUCCCUGACGGCUGCCAUGCAGACCAAAACCACAUCGGAUCGGACUACCUUGACGGCGAGAGCCAAGUCGAGCAAACCUGCUCCAUCGCAAUUGAACAGCCCCGCUGCCGAGAAGAAACAGACAGAUCGAUUGGUGAUUGACAAACCCUUGCCCACCGCCGACAUCACCCGACAGACCAGUUCCCCGGAGUCUUCUCGGCCGCAUACCCUCGUCUCGGGCAAACCGCAGCACGAGUCUUCCACCUACAAGGAGUUGGUGGACAAGUAUUGUUUUUAUGGAUCUUCCCGACAGGAUACCAAGAGCAAGGCGACCGACGACUCUAUCACAACUCCGUCUUCGUCCGCUGAUAGCCCUUCGCGCUCCCCAUCUCCACAGACACAUCGAUCUGUCAGCGCGGGGGCUCGUUCUUCCUCAACGUCCCCAUCGCGCGUGGCGCAUGGCUAUCCAUAUCACCAGCCCUUGCACGCCGCACCAGCCGCUAUUCGAGGCUGA